UCUCUACAUCUAAAUUUCGAUAUAAGUCAAGAGUUCCAUCUCUGUAAUAUAUAAAAAAAAUUUGUUCAGAAAAACAACAUUAAUUUGUUUGUUUAGAUAAAAUUUAAACGAGAUCUAGAGCGGUAACGAAGUCCCUUGAGAAUGUCCUGGCAAAGUGUUCCCCAGUACCCCCAAUACCAAGAUCCCAACCAGCAGUACAAUUAUGGAGGAGGUUACCCGCCUCAGGGAGGAUAUGGCGGGGGUGGAUAUCCGCCUCAGGGAGGAUACCCACCGCAAGGACCUCCGCAAGGCUAUCCGCCUUAUGCCCAGGGCGGUGCGCAGCCCUAUCCUUAUGGACAGGGGCCACCGCCUGGUGGUUAUGCGCCUCAACCGGGAUUUAUUCAACCGCCACCAUCAGCGGGUGGCUAUGGAGCCUACGAUGAUCCAGAGAGUCAACCUAAAAACUUUUCUUUCGAUGACCAGAGCAUCCGGCGUGGAUUUAUAAGAAAAGUGUACCUGAUUUUAAUGGGACAACUCAUCGUUACAUUUGGAGCUGUCGCCCUGUUUGUGUUUCACCAGGGCACAAAGGAUUUCGCCCGGCAUAACAUGUGGCUCUUUUGGGUUGCAUUUGCUGUGAUGAUAGUAACCAUGCUGUCCAUGGCUUGCUGUGAAAGCGUUCGUCGCCAAACACCAACCAACUUUAUUUUCCUUGGAUUGUUCACAAUAGCUCAAUCAUUUUUAGUAGGAGUUACGGCUACCAGAUAUGCUCCUCGGGAGGUACUCAUGGCAGUGGGCAUAACUGCUGCGGUUUGUCUGGCUCUAACAUUGUUUGCAAUGCAAACCAAGUACGAUUUCACUAUGAUGGGAGGGAUUCUGAUCGCAUGCAUGGUGGUUUUCCUGAUCUUUGGCAUAGUGGCCAUUUUCAUUAAGGGAAAGAUUAUUACAUUGGUGUACGCUUCGAUCGGAGCGUUGCUUUUCUCCGUUUACCUUAUUUACGAUACCCAGCUAAUGAUGGGCGGCGAGCACAAGUACUCCAUCAGUCCGGAAGAAUACAUCUUCGCCGCACUGAACCUUUACUUGGAUAUCAUCAAUAUCUUUAUGUACAUUCUGACUAUUAUUGGCGCAUCGCGCGACUAAGUUCCGUUCUAACUCUUAAAAGUGUUUUCGCUUUAAACGGUGUAGUCAUUAACCGAAAGUAACAACAUAUUUGUGGCGUAAUCUCAAUACUACCUUUCCAGUGGGGGCAAUCUUUAAAGUUAUGAAUUAUUAUAAUAAGUCAUUUAAUUAUGUUUCGCGUUGUAUUCUUGCUUAGUUUACAUGUGAUUUUGUUACUCUUUCAAAAUUUCCAAAAACUCAAAAAAUAACUAUACCAAACCAUUCAGAUUCACAAAAAACCAAAAUAAAUAGUCACGUAUGAAAAUAUUUAUGUGAAAAUAUAUAAGAAAUAUGGAUUGCUGUUGUUGUUAAAGCAUAACAUUUAACCGUGUGUAAUAACCAAGGAAUCCCGAUUUGUGCAACUAUGAAUCAAGUACCGAACAUUGUAACCCGUGCAGCGACACUGAGUUUAAAGUCAACAAUAAAGCGCAUCUAUUUAUUAAAGCA